AUGUCAGACGACAACUUAUGGUAUGAAGGGAUCCCUUUCCCGCGGGUCUUCUACAGUCCGGAAAUCCUUAGAAAAGCACGAGAAGAGUUUGUCAUGAAGGAUGAAGAUGUAGUAACAGUGACUUUCCCCAAAUCAGGAACACACUGGUUAAUGGAGAUUCUCUGCCUGAUUCACUCCAAGGGGGAUCCCAAGUGGGUUCAGUCUGUGCCAAUCUGGGAUCGCUCACCCUGGAUAGAGACUGACCCUGGGUUUGAAUUAGCAAAUAAGAAGGAGGGCCCACGCUUGCUCACCUCCCACCUCCCCAUCCAUCUCUUCCCCAAGUCUUUCUUCAGUUCCAAGGCCAAGGUGAUUUAUGUCAUCAGAAAUCCCAAAGAUGUUAUUGUAUCUGGUUAUUUCUACUGGAGUUCAGUGAAUUUCGCUAAGAAACCCAAGUCAGUGAAACAAUUUCUUGAAUGUUUCCUGGAAGGAAAUGUGCCAUUUGGGUCAUGGUUUGACCAUGUUCGUGGCUGGGUGUCCAUGAGAGAGAGGGAGAACUUCCUGAUGCUGAGUUAUGAAGAGUUGAAACGGGACACAGAGAAAACUGUGGAGAAGAUCUGUCAGUUCCUGGGUAAGAAGGUAGAGCCAGAAGAACUCAGCCUAAUUCUUAAGAAUAGCUCCUUCCAGGCCAUGAGAGAAAACAAGAUGUCUAAUUUCUCAGUGGUGGAUGAUGCUUAUUUAGUUCACAAAAACCCACUUCUGAGAAAAGGCAUGACUGGGGACUGGAAAAAUUACUUCACAGUGGCCCAAGCUGAAGCCUUUGAUAAAGUGUUCCAGGAGAAGAUGGCAGAUCUUCCUCGGGAGCUGUUCCCCUGGGAAUAAUGUCUGAGAUAGUUCUGGAUCUUACAUGGAUGCUGAAUACUCCUGUCAUGUCCUGUCCCUGUAUGUGAGCAUGAUUUAGGGUCAUUGCAUAAACCCCCCCCCUUUUUUUUUCAUCCUGGAGCUUUAAAUGAUCAAAUCUUUGUAUCUUUGAUUAUUUUCUUGUUAAAAAUCACCACAGUCCCCUCUCCGUGGGAGACUUUACAGUGGCUUUACAAACUUGUUGAAAAGUCUUUCAGACAUAUAGAAUGCUACAGAUAUAAUCUAAGUAUGAUUCAUAAGUGUAUUCAAAAUAUAAUUUUUUUUUGAGACAGUCUUGCUCUGUCACUGAGACUAGCGUGCAGUGAUGUCAUCAUACCUCCCUGCAACCUCAAACUCCUAGUGUCAAGAAUUUCUCCUGUCUCAGUCGCGUGAGUAGCUGGGACUACAGGUGUGCACCACUAUGCCCAGAUAAUUACUUUAUUUCUUUUCUGUAGAGACCAGAAGGAUGUCUAACAUUUGGCCUCAAAUAUUGCUCCUCCCUGAGCCUAUCUGAUUCCAUAGAUUACAGGCAUAAGCCACAGAGCCUGGUCAGAAAUUUUUAUCAAAAUAAGAAUCAUUGACAGUGAUAAAUUUGAAAGCCAACAAUAAUAAUAAUGAAAAUAAUAAAUAAAACUAUAGAAGCAA